GGCAAUUUAAACAGGAACAACAACAAAAUGACGCAUUGGCUGUUAAUACUGUUGGCAUUGUUGAUGUAUGCAGGCUCACUUGAGGGUGCCUCGAAACGUUUCUUCACCGAUUUUCUACAAGAUUUGCCUACACCGGGCACCGGUGGACCCACAUUCGAUACAACUGUGCCUACGAAUAUUACCGGUUUGGUAGGCAAGACAGUGAAGCUCACUUGUCGAGUGAAGAAUUUAGGCAAUCGAACAGUCUCUUGGGUACGCCAUCGUGACAUUCACCUGCUGACAGUCGGUCGUUACACCUACACAUCGGAUCAACGUUUCGAAGCAAUGCAUUCGCCGCAUGCUGAGGAUUGGACGUUACGUAUACGCUACGCACAACGCAAAGAUUCGGGCAUCUAUGAGUGUCAGAUAUCAACAACACCACCGAUUGGACAUUCCGUCUAUCUGAAUAUAGUGGAACCCAUCACUGACGUAAUUGGUGGUCCAGAGCUACAUAUAAAUAAAGGUUCCACAAUCAAUUUGACUUGUAUUGUAAAAUUUGCUCCCGAACCGCCGCCAACAGUCAUUUGGUCACAUAAUCGAGAGGUCAUAAAUUUCGAUUCACCACGUGGCGGCAUAUCACUGGUAACUGAGAAAGGUGUAGUCACCACCAGUCGACUAUUGGUGCAGAAGGCCAUACAGCAGGACUCAGGACUCUACACAUGUACGCCAUCGAAUGCAAAUCCUACAUCGGUGCGUGUGCACAUCGUUGAUGGUGAACAUCCAGCUGCAAUGCAUCAUGGACACGCCACAUUACAAGUCCAACCACCGCCCGCUACAUUCCUAUUAUUUUUGGUAUUCCUAGCAGUAUUGCUAUUGCAAGAGCACCCACAGUCAUCGCAAAAACGGAAACAACAACAACAACAGCGACCACAACAGCAUAAGCUGCGGCAACGCAUUCGAUGGAAGUGGUGGCAGAGCAGUCAAUGGAGUGAAAAAUUCGUGGUCUGCCAACGAACAGAGUCAUUUACUACGGUGCUUUCAGAUGUAGGGGCAGAACGUGAAGCGUAUGAGAGCGAGGGCCAUAAAAGUCAUCAUGUACAACAAAAACUAUUGCUGGCACUGCCGAAUGAACAAAGACGUUGGGAGACCAACAUAUUAACACCAACAACAUAGCCAUCAAAUGGCGCUAGCAGAGUGAGUAAAAUAGUACUCGAAUUGAUGUAAAUUAAGUUCCCCUCCAAUCCUAAUAAACGAACAAAAUAGUAAAGUACUUUUA